AUGAAGUCUUGGAAUUCUUGGAAUACUUCAAAUUUGGAAGGAGAAGACCGUUACACUUCAGAAGUUACCCUUCAUGACCAGUUCAUUCGAACAUUUAUUAAUGGAACUUUUCCUUUGUUGGUUCAAAGUGAAGUUAUUAUCAAACGACAAUGUAACGUAAUACGUGUAGCUUUUUUACUAUUAAAGCGAAUAUCUCCAGGAGAAACCAGUUUCCUCAUUGGUUACACAGAAGAAAUGCUUUCUCUUAUACUUCGAUGUGUUGUGAAACUAGAAGUACAAUUGGUGAUAUCCAAAAAUGAUGUUAUAUUUCGAUAUGUUUAA